GGCGCGGGGGAGCGCAGGGACAUGGCGAAGCUGGACGUUGAGGAGGGGGCAGCGGGGGCACCCGGGCACCCGCCCGCCAAUGGGUACCUGUUGGUCCCGGGGGGCGAGCCCCCCGGAAAGCUGAGCGCCGAGCCGCAGAACGGGCCCAAGGCCGGCUGCCUGACCCUGAAUGGAGUGUCUCGGGACAGCCUCGCGGCCGCCGUGCAAACCCUGGACAGGCCUCGGACCCCGCUGGCCCCGGAGGAGGAGACCCAGACCCGGCUGCUGCCGGGGGGCCCCGGGGAGGAGACCCCCGGGGCCGAGGGCGCCCGAGUGCCGCAGACGGCGCUCUCCGCGCGGCGCUUUGUGGUGCUCCUCAUCUUCAGCCUGUACUCGCUGGUCAAUGCCUUCCAGUGGAUCCAGUACAGCAUCAUCAGCAAUGUCUUCAGGGACUUCUACGGCGUCUCCUUCCUGCACAUCGACUGGCUGUCCAUGGUGUACAUGCUGGCCUACGUGCCCCUCAUCUUCCCGGCCACGUGGCUGCUGGACACCAGAGGCCUGAGGCUCACGGCCCUGCUGGGCUCCGGCCUCAACUGCCUGGGCGCCUGGGUCAAGUGCGGCAGUGUCCAGCAGCAUCUCUUCUGGGUCACCAUGCUGGGCCAGUGCCUGUGCUCCGUGGCCCAGGUGUUCAUCCUCGGCUUGCCCUCCCGCAUCGCCUCGGUGUGGUUUGGCCCCAAGGAGGUGUCCACAGCUUGUGCCACCGCCGUGCUGGGCAAUCAGCUUGGAACUGCAGUUGGCUUUUUGCUACCACCAGUUUUAGUGCCCAACACACAGAAUAACACGGAUCUUCUGGAGUGUAAUAUCAGUACUAUGUUUUAUGGAACAUCAUCCAUCGCCACAUUUUUAUGUCUUUUAACAGUCAUUGGCCACUCCAGCAAAGCACUGCUGUCACCACCCGUCACUGAGUUCUCUCGCCUGGGCCUGUGUCUUGAAGCAGUCAGUCAAAAUCCGCUGCAAGCAGCCAUCAUCAGUUUGGAAGAAGCAUUCAAAGAAAAACCUCCAUAUCCACCAAGUCAGGCUCAAGCAGUUCUUCAAAACAGCCCUCCUGCUGAGUACUCCUAUAAGAAAUCAAUAAGGAACUUAUUUAAAAACAUUCCUUUUGUCCUUCUGUUGAUCACAUAUGGUAUCAUGACUGGAGCAUUUUAUUCAGUCUCAACAUUAUUAAAUCAAAUGAUACUGAUGCAUUAUGAGGGAGAAGAAGUCAAUGCUGGAAGGAUUGGGCUAACACUGGUAGUAGCUGGAAUGGUGGGUUCUAUUCUUUGUGGCUUAUGGCUAGAUCAUACCAAAACAUACAAACAGACUACUCUGGUAGUUUACAUUUUGUCUUUUCUGGGAAUGGUUGUAUUUACUUUCACGUUGGACCUUGGAUACAUUAUCAUUGUGUUUAUUACUGGAGGGGUACUCGGUUUCUUCAUGACUGGUUACCUCCCAUUGGGUUUUGAGUUUGCUGUUGAAAUCACUUACCCUGAAUCUGAAGGUACCUCAUCUGGUCUUCUUAAUGCUUCUGCACAGAUAUUUGGAAUUUUGUUCACAUUGGCUCAAGGGAAGCUCACGUCAGACUAUGGUCCCAAGGCAGGGAACAUUUUCCUCUGUACUUGGAUGUUUCUAGGCAUCAUUUUAACAGCAUUAAUCAAGUCUGAUCUCAAAAGACACAAUAUAAAUAUAGGAAUUGCAAACGGUGAUAUUAAAGCUGUACCAGUUGAAGAUAGUCCCACAGAUCAAGAAUCAAAAACCAUGAUGAUGUCCAAGCAGUCAGAAUCGGCAAUCUGAAGUGAAAAAAGAAGUUAACCUCAUGUGGUAGAUGAGUAGUAAGGCUUGGUUUAUAUGUACGAGAGAUGGAUACUUAACUUGAAAAUUAUUAUGUGACCUCUGAAUACAGUUACUGUUUUCACCUUCAUAUUAACGUGAGCAAGAUUUUGCUUAAAAUAUUUUGGCUCACAUCGUAAUAACACUACCAUUUAUCUACCAAGCAUCCCAUUGUUAAUCUAUUGUCGAUCAGAAUGUAAGCUUCUUAAUGUGUACUUUCCAAAAAUGUUUUCUUUUUUAUAGAAAGUGGAAGGUCAAAAGGCUUUCUAAAAUGAUAAUGUGGAGGUCUAAUCCCUUUAAGUCACAUAGGAGUACGUAGAAUUUAGAACCAAAUGUGCAUUAUAUUCCUAAUUAGCUCCCUUUCCAUUAUUCUGACCAACUGUCCAAUCUGCCUCAGUGGGAGAUACCAACAUGGCACUUCCGACCCCCUAAAGGAUAGCACUGGGAUGAGACUUCCACAGAACCUCUAAGAUUUUUCCAUUUUCUUAUAUUCUUGUUAAACAAGGCUUUGUAACAUGUACUGUCAAUGGCUGUCAAAACUGUUCUGUGUACACACUGAACCCAUGACUUUGGUCUUAGACUUGUGUUCUAAUUAAGCUAAGGAGUGCAGACAUAGGCUCAUUGUCUUGAGCUCUCUGCACUACCUUCCUAUCAUGGUUGGAUAUGCAAAUACUAUUUUUUCACUCCAACUUGAAAUAGAGGGAUUUUGUACCCACUGCCUUGUCCACUAUCUUUUUUUCAAUGCAGGCAUACCUUGGGGAUAUCGCAGGGUCAGCUCCAGACCAUUCAGAAUAAAGCAAAUAUCACAAUAAAGUGAUUCAAAUGAGUUCCUUGGUUUCCCAGUACAUAUAAAAGUCAGAUUUACACUCUUCUGUAGUCGAUUAAGUGUGUGGUAGCCUGGAAGAACAAUGUACAUACCUUAUAUGAAAAAAGACUUAUUGCUAAAAAAUGCUAACCAUCACCUGAGCUUUUAGCAAGUCAUAACCACUGAUUACAGAUCACUAUAAUAAAUAGAAUAAUAAUGAAAAAGUUUGGAAUAUUGCAAGAAUUACCAAAAUGUGACACAGACAUGAGCGAGCAAGAGCUUUUGGAAAAAUGGCACCAAAAACUUUCUUGAUACAGGGUUGCCACAAAUCUCCAACUUGUUUAAAAAAACAAAAAACAAAAAAUGCAGCAUCUGUGAAGGGCAAUACAUCAAAGCACAAUAAGAUGAGGUAUGCCUGUGUAUGACUUUCAAGCAAGAAAAUUCCAUCCUCUGUGUUGUUGGCUUUCUCGUGAUUUCUUGUAUCGCACCUCAUAGCGUAAUACUUUGGCUUGAAGGUUGUGGAGAUAAAGAAAUUGAUGGUAACAUAGCCCUGGUGUUUUCAUUUGGUGGAGACCUCUUGAAAGGGUGUCUUUGUCCUGCACUAUCGUUUGUAUGACCGUUCCCCUUCGAGGAAUACACUGUGUCCAGGUGCAUGCUCCCUCAGUGUGUUGGGGGAUUGUAUUCUUUUCUUCACCAGAGUGUACCCGGUCUCCAUACUGUUGGGAAAAAAGUCUGCUGUUUUACAUGCUCAGGGUAAGGAACAUAGGACCAAAUGUCUUUCUACAGUGCCUACCACUGCGUUUUGUUUACAAUAAGAAUUUAAAUGUUGUUCCUGUCCUGACUUUCUAAGCUGCUAGGGAAUAUCUUUACAAUAAUGACAUAUACACAACCAUAAUAUGUACAUUAUGUCCACAUCAACCCUAAAAAAAGCUGGUCAGGGGAUACCCUUGAAUAUUCUUGGAAGCAAAUUAGCGAUUCUGAUUUGGGCAUUUUAUAUGCAUCACCUUACAUUGAAAUUAUAACGUUCUCUUUAAUCAAGAGACAGCAAAUUAUGUAGAAUUUUACCCUGGAGAAUCUGUCACUGGAAGAACCCAGCUGGGAAUCAGGAGCUCUGGGUCUGUGACCUGGAUCUGUUUCUAGGUGUCCCUGUCACUCUCCGGCCAGCAUUUUUCUCCUCCAUAAAAUGAAUGUAUUCACUUUGAUCUCAAAGAUCUUUUUUGAAAAAAAUAAAUAAAUAAAGAUCUUGAGUCUUAAAUACUGUUCACCAUGCGGUAGACCAAAUCACUGAGCCACAGGAACUUAAAUCUAGCCAGAGAAGUAUCCCCUGGAGAAUUGAAUGAACAGCUGUGAUUGAUACUUUGUGGAUUUGGGGAAUUUACAAUCGGUUUUUUUGCUUUUUUAUUCAGUUGAUGAUAGCUCAAGCAUAAUAUGCUGAAUCAUUAACUUCCUUAGACAAUUAUAUCGCAGGUUUUAUGGCCAAAAAUAUAUUCUAAGAUCCCUCUUAAAUAAUUAUUUUUAUGUUUAAACCAUCAAUUGUUUAAAAUAAUCAUGUACUUUUUGAGUUUCUGAGCUUUUGACAAAAAUUACAAAUAAAAGUUAGGAGACUUUGUUUCUGAAAAGCAUACAUAUCUGUCAUGUGUAUCUUUGUUGAUUAGAAAAAGGAUGAAAUAUGAUAUCAUAAAACACAAAAUGGAUUAAUAGUUUUUUCUAUAUUUUGAGUUAAAGUUGUCUAUAACAUGUCAGACAAGAAUGUCAUAAUUCUGUCUUGGAAAAUGGAGUUGGGUAACCAGCACUUGAGUGAAUUUUAAUGAAAUGAUUUUAGAAAGAAAUUGGAUGCUUUCAAAAGCAGUUUCAUUUAUAAAUGUUGCAAAAACAAAAACACUAGCUUUUGCCUUUUGUGAAGGUUGGGAAAAAAUUUAAAAAUAUGUUUAUGUGUAAACUCAAGAGAAUUGCCAGAAGAAUGUAUGUCUGUAUUAAGUCAUCUUUCAUGUUCUAAGUUUUGCUUUUUGUACUAUUUGUCUGUAUGCUCAUUCUUCAGUGUUACAGACCUGAAAUAAACUUAUUUUUUUAA